AUGGACUCUUUUACCGUAGAAGCGUUCACGCUUCUGGGCACUGGCAUCUUUAUUAUUGGAUUGCGACUAUUCGCGCGUAUUACAGCUGUGGGUAUCAAGAAUCUUGCGUUGGAUGAUUACCUCAUGUGCAUAGCGGCGGUUGUUUAUGCCCUUGAGACGGCGACUGCGUAUGCUGUCGGUGCCUGGUGGCGUGGUCUGGCGAAUAAUGGCAUGACGGACGAGCAGCGCAAAGACCUAGAUCCGAACUCGCACGAGUACUAUCUAAGAGUCGGUGGUAGCAAGACGCAACUAGUUGGAUGGAGCUUGUAUACGCUCCUUUUAUGGAUGAUAAAGCUAUGCAUGACUAUCCUUUAUUCACGAUUAACGGCCGGCGUCAACAACAUGGAAAUUCGUGUUCGGAUUGGAUAUGUCGUUGUCAUAUCAACCUACAUCGCAACGGAAAUGUCGAUCUUGUUCGGCUGCAGACCGUUUCACAAGAACUGGCAAAUCUCUCCAGACCCAGGAAAUGUUUGCCAACCUGCUAUCUCCAAGAUCGAUCUGUAUGUCACUGUUGUCUUGAAUGUACUCACCGACAUGUACCUGUUAUCAAUUCCACUGCCGAUGUUAUGGAAGGCGAACAUGUCGAAAGUGAAGAAAUACUCCCUCAUCCUUGUCUUUGGCGGCGCCGUAUUCGUCAUGAUGGCUGGAAUUCUGCGCUGUGCUCUGAUCCUGAUGGACCCAAUCAACGGCGCCCAACAAGCCGGAAGCUGGGCCUGCCGCGAAACUUUUGUCGCAGUCGUCAUUGGAAAUGCACCGCUCCUCGCCUCGCUGUUCCGGCGCGCAGGAGAACGCCUACAGAACAGCAGCCUUUUCUCGCGCCACAAGCUCAGUGAGACCGACGGCAGCUACGAGCUGGGAUCACGCGAAAGAUCGAAAAAGCCACGGAAACACUACUCCCUGCACGCACUGCCCUCGACAUACCAUACGCAGUCUGAUAGUUCUGAACACAUCGUGCCAUCGGACCCCUUUCCGAAGGAUCUGGGCAUUCAUGUUACGACCGAGGCCAUGGUUGGGUUCGAGGGGAGAAACAACACCGAUCCUCGAGACGAGAGGCCCAUUAGCUCUGCUUACAGUAAACCGCCUGGGGGUUAUUCUUAUGAUGCUAGUAUUGUUAGCCACGCGCGUUAG